AUGGAAGCCGUUGCACCUGCUUGGCUAACGAGGGAAUAUCUAGAAGCUGCCUUGCGCCAGCACUACGCUGAUGACCACGUUAAGGUCAAGUCUGUGGAUUUCAAACCAGCCCUGAAAAAGGGGGAGAACUAUGGAGCCAUUCUGACAAAAAUCGACCUAGUUUACAUCCUAGGAAAUGGUACAGAAAUGGAAGAGCAUUUGAUGGCAAAGACAGCACUGGAAGAUGAGGACUUGGACACCAAGGAGCGCAAGGCUCCCUACGAUAUCUACAACAGAGAGCUGGAGAUCUAUGAAAGGGUUCUCCCCCAGCUGGAAAAAUUAGCUGGGGAACCGCUUUGCCCCAAAGUGUGGCACUCUGAUCGCCAGCAUGGAUCUCUUCUAAUGGAGGACUUAACGUAUCAAGGAUAUAAGAUGGCUCCGCGACUGCAGAGGCUGGAUGGGGACCAUGUGCGAUUGGUGCUCAAAAAGCUGGCCAAAAUGCAAGCAGCCUCGGCAGUCUUUGAAUCAGAUUGCAGAGACGAAAAAAAUUCUCUGAAAAGAUACGACCGCGGUUUUUUCAACCGCUACACCGAAAGUUUUAGUGCCUAUUUUUUGGGCUGCCUGAAAUCCUGUGCCAGCUACCUAAAAACAGAGCCGGGCUUUGAGAAGCAUGCGCAAUUAUUAGAGGAUCUUGUCCCCUACUACAUGGGACUAGGACUGCGCUGUUUUCAGCCCGAAGCGGAACACAUCAACGUUCUGACUCACGGCGAUGCUUGGACCAACAACAUGAUGUUUAAGUACGAGGCGGGCGUGCCGACGGAUGUUCUGCUCAUUGACUUCCAGUACGCCUUCUGGGGCUCGCCCACUCUGGACAUCCAUCAUCUGGUCAACACCUCGGCGGUGGAGCGGGUGCGAAGCGACCUUCAGGUGGAAAUGAGAUGCGUGUACCACGAAGUGUUUGUGCGGGAGCUGCGGCGACUUGGGUUCAAAGGUCAGAGACUGCCCAGCCGGAAGCAGUUUCACUUGGAGUCGGAGCAGAAGCGCUUUUACGCUGUUCACUGCGGACUGCUCCUCCAACCCGUGCUACUGAACACCGAUGAUGCGGACGCUGAUUUCGCAGCCCUGCUCUCCGACCAGCCCCGUGGUAUGAACAUGAAAAGGCGUUUGUAUCUACACGCCGGCAUACAGGACUCCGUACGCCAGCUGGUGGUGCAAUUCGAGCGCGAAGGACUCCUGGAUCCGCAGCAGUUUGAGGGUUUCUAUGCCAAAUGAAGCGGGAAUGCGACCCCUGUACGGCGCUUUCAUAAACUCCCUUAUUUCAGAUUUCAAUUAGACGGGCUAAUAAACAUAAAACAUGGCUGCCGCCAGGA